UUAUGGAUGAAAGUUGCGAACAUUCGAGCUUAUUGUAUUUUGACAAAAAUAUUCAUGUCGAAUUAUGCAAAUACAAACAGAUUAAGUUGAUAUACUUAUUUAGUUAGCUGUUCUAAAUUCACUUUGAAAUUGAACUUAUUGUGAUCCUUUCCUUAACAAUAAUUUGCAAAUACCGCAGAGAAAUGCAGUUUCUUCGGCCAAUCAAUCAAACCAUAUCUGCAAUUUCGUUUUUAUUUCUCUGCAUAUCGUUGGUUAAUACAAUACCGACUCGAAACUUAGAAAAACGAGCAGCUCUUGAAAAAAGUGUUACCAGCUCAUCGCUGAAAAGUGACAGCAAUGUGUCACAAUAUGCAAACUUGGAAUUGGACAAGUUUGCCAACUUUCCAUUAAAUGCAACUGAGGUGAAUUUGUAUGGAAAUGUUUUGACACCCGAAGACCUUACGACGCAGGAAGAUUGGGGAGGAAAUUGCACGGUCGCAGUUUGGGAUAAAUGCAAAGUGAUCUCAUCGUGGUUCGGGUAUUACCUGAACCCCAAUGAGGGUCCAGAUCAGCCAAAGUGGCUGAAUUACCAAUUGGAUUGCAAAGUGGAACCAACAUUAUGCAUGAACAACGGAUGGAACGUGAACCGCUGCCACAUUCUCUGCAUGUCUCGUUGUAACACUGAAAUGCUGUCUAAAUUUGACAAGUAUGUUAGUCAUCAAGAAGAAUGCAAGGCAAGUGCUCAUGGAUAACUGCGCAAUAUUGAUCAUUGUACAGAGGAAGAGAACGACCUGAUGAAAACAGUGAAGCUGCUUCGAUUUUAGAAUACUAUGUUGCAAAGAUUGCUAAUGUUAGUUGACUGGUAUUAUAC